AUGGCAGAGCUCUGGCGACAUCUGGAGUGCCUCCAAAAUCCUCUUUUAGACACACCCACUACAUUGUACUGCUCAGCAUCCGUUUCUACCUCUUCUACUUCAACGUCUUCUACUCAGAGUACACCAAAUAUAACUUAUGACCUUCCGUUGUUUGAUCCUCCGCUCCUGACCGCCAAGGGAUGGUCCAUUCAACCGAGAAUUCUAGUGGUCGACGACGACUCGAUCUUCCGAUCAAUCUCGACCCGUAUAUUACAGUUUGCAGGUUGCACGAUUGAGGUCGCAGUCGACGGAUUGGAAGCCAUGUCAAAACUUAGGACCGAUAGUUAUGACAUGGUUCUGAUGGACAUUAUGAUGCCCAACUUGGACGGGAUCUCGGCAACGCGUAAUAUCCGGCAGUAUGACUCUUGGACACCUAUCAUCUCUGUCACCGCCAAUCAAUCGAAACACGACAUUCAAGAAUAUCUUAAUAGUGGUAUGAACGACUGUCUUGCCAAACCUCUAGACCAACAAAUGGUGAUGGCAAUGCUCGAUCGCUACUGUGCUCAUCUUCGCCUCGACUCUCUUGGACCUGCAUAUUUCAAGGGUAAACAGCCCAUUGUCGAUGUGUAUACUCACUACCAUAAUAAGUAUACGACUGCCAACCUUUGA